UGGGACCGGGGGCGCCCGGGGCAGAGCGGGGAGGCUCCUCCGGCCGCUCUCGUCCCUGGCGCCGCGUCAGCAGGUAAUUGCUGCCAUGGAAACACAACUGUCUAAUGGGCCAACUUGCAAUAACACAACCAAUGGUCCCACCACCAUAAACAACAACUGCUCGUCACCAGUUGACUCCGGGAACACAGAGGACAGCAAGACCAACUUAAUAGUCAACUACCUUCCUCAGAACAUGACACAGGAGGAACUAAAGAGUCUUUUCGGGAGCAUCGGAGAGAUCGAGUCCUGUAAGCUUGUGAGAGACAAAAUUACAGGGCAGAGCUUGGGAUAUGGCUUUGUGAACUACAUUGACCCUAAGGAUGCAGAGAAAGCUAUCAACACCCUGAAUGGAUUGAGACUUCAAACCAAAACAAUAAAAGUUUCCUAUGCUCGCCCAAGUUCAGCUUCCAUCAGAGAUGCUAAUUUAUACGUCAGUGGACUUCCAAAAACAAUGACCCAGAAGGAGUUGGAGCAACUUUUUUCACAAUAUGGACGCAUUAUUACUUCUCGUAUUCUUGUUGACCAGGUCACUGGCAUAUCAAGGGGUGUAGGGUUUAUUCGAUUUGACAAGCGGAUUGAGGCAGAAGAAGCUAUCAAAGGCCUAAAUGGCCAGAAACCUCCUGGUGCCACAGAGCCAAUCACUGUGAAGUUCGCUAAUAAUCCAAGCCAAAAAACCAAUCAGGCCAUCCUUUCCCAGCUGUACCAGUCUCCAAACAGAAGGUAUCCAGGCCCGCUAGCUCAGCAGGCACAGCGCUUUAGGUUGGACAAUCUGCUCAAUAUGGCUUAUGGAGUAAAGAGUAGGUUUUCUCCAAUGACCAUUGAUGGAAUGACCAGUUUGGCUGGAAUUAACAUCCCUGGGCACCCAGGGACAGGGUGGUGUAUUUUUGUGUACAACCUGGCUCCUGAUGCAGAUGAGAGUAUCCUGUGGCAAAUGUUUGGGCCUUUUGGAGCUGUCACCAACGUGAAGGUCAUCCGUGACUUUAACACCAAUAAAUGCAAAGGUUUUGGAUUUGUGACUAUGACAAACUAUGAUGAGGCUGCCAUGGCGAUAGCUAGCCUCAAUGGAUACCGUCUGGGAGACAGAGUACUGCAGGUCUCCUUUAAGACAAACAAAACGCACAAAGCCUAGUGAGCUCUUGUCCUCAGUCCAUUUAUAUAUGAAAACUAUACAACAAAGGCAAGUUAAGAGAAACUUUAUACAUUAGUAAAUGUCUUUGUAAGUCAGUGUUGAGAUGGGGAUAAAACGACUACUUAGCAUCCUAAGAAAUAUGUGAGAUUUUUUAUUGCUAGUAUUUGAAUUAAAACUUCUUAAAAUAUCUUUUAUGUUUGAAUAUGGACAAGAGGUACAGGGUUUUUACCUGUCACAUUGCAUUUUAUUGCCUUCUUUGAAGAAGGUGGACCUUUUAAAGUGUUUCAGCUAAGGGAAGACAUUUCUUUUCUUUUUACAUAACUGCCUUGAACCUGUGAGUAAAUAUUGAGGCUUUGUGUUGUAAUUCUUCAGUUGGUUGUGUCCU